AUGCCCACUAUAUUGCCAACGUGGCCGCACAUCCUAUUCGGAGUGCUUGAGCCCAUCUCACUGGCCCUAGGAAGUUUUUUUCCCCUCUAUGAUCUGCCAGGGUUUAUCUCUGGCCAAACACCCACCAUCCCAGCCCCGGAAACCUUGCACGCAAGUAGCGUCGCACUCGCCUACCAACUCGGCAACGUCUACUCGCUCAUGGCUCUAGUCGGCGUGGGCGUGUGUCACGCAACAACAGAGCCAAGAGUGCUGCGCAACUACCUAAUUGGGCUGGCUAUUGGCGACAUAGGCCAUGUCUACGCCACAUACUUGGGGAUGGGCUGGGACGCGUUUACGGACGUUGCGGCGUGGAACGCUUUGACGUGGGGUAAUGUCGGGGUCACGACAUUCCUGUUCAUUAAUAGGCUGGCUUAUUUCACUGGUGUUUUUGGGUAUGCGAAGGCGCCUAAGGCGGCUGCAAAACGAGAGUGA